GCCUUUCAGUUGCCGCGCAGCUGCUAGCCGAGAAACCCACGAAAAGAACACUUCACUUCCAGGAAAAGGAAAGGCAAUUUUUUUCUGUGUGUGUCUGUGUUUUUCUCAGUGCGAGAGGGAUUUUCUAGCAAGGCGAAAGUGUUUUUCUUCUAUCGCAGCCGUACGUAAUCGCAUUGCCAUGUCGCUCUAUCGCAUUUCCGCACGCAAAUUGACCGAGGCACAGAAACUGCCAAAUGUGGGCUCCUACGUUCGCAUGAUCUCCGCCGAUGGCAAGAGCCUGCGCGACGUGCUGACCGCCAAGGUGCCCCAGGAGCAGGAGCGCGUGAAGAACUUCCGCAAGCAGCAUGGUGCCACCAAGAUGGGCGAGACCACCAUCGACAUGAUGUACGGCGGCAUGCGCGGCAUCAGGGCCCUGGUCACCGAGACAUCGGUGCUGGAUGCGGAUGAGGGUAUCCGCUUCCGUGGCCUCUCCAUUCCCGAGUGCCAAAAGGUUCUGCCAGCCGCCGAUGGCGGCACUGAGCCCCUGCCCGAGGGUCUCUUUUGGUUGCUGCUCACCGGCGAGGUGCCCACCAAGUCCCAGGUCCAGCAGCUGUCCCGCGAGUGGGCCGAGCGUGCUGCCUUGCCCCAGCACGUGGUCACCAUGUUGAACAACAUGCCGACCACCCUGCACCCAAUGUCGCAGUUCGCCGCCGCCGUCACCGCCCUGAACCACGACAGCAAGUUCGCCAAGGCCUAUUCGGAUGGUGUGCACAAGAGCAAGUACUGGGAGUACGUCUAUGAGGACAGCAUGGAUCUGAUUGCCAAGCUGCCCGUGGUGGCUGCCACCAUCUAUUGCAAUACCUAUCGCGGCGGCAAGGGCUCCCGGUCGAUUGACUCCAGUCUGGAUUGGUCGGCCAACUUUGUGAAGAUGCUGGGCUACGACAAUGCCCCCUUCACCGAGCUGAUGCGUCUCUAUUUGACCAUCCACAGCGAUCACGAGGGUGGCAACGUGUCCGCCCACACUGUUCACUUGGUGGGCUCGGCCCUCAGCGAUCCCUACCUGUCCUUCGCCGCCGGCCUGAACGGUCUGGCUGGUCCCCUGCACGGCCUGGCCAACCAGGAGGUGCUCGUGUGGCUGCGCAAGCUGCAGAAGGAGGCCGGCAACAACCCCUCGGAGGAGCAGCUGAAGGAGUACAUCUGGAAGACCCUCAAGUCCGGACAGGUGGUUCCCGGCUACGGACAUGCCGUGCUCCGCAAGACCGAUCCCCGCUACACCUGCCAGCGCGAGUUCGCCCUGAAGCACCUGCCCGAGGACGAGACCUUCCAGCUGGUGUCCAAGAUCUACAAGGUGGUGCCACCAAUCCUGACCGAGACCGGCAAGGUGAAGAACCCCUGGCCCAAUGUAGAUGCCCAUUCCGGUGUGCUGCUGCAGUACUACGGCAUGAAGGAGAUGAACUACUACACGGUGCUCUUCGGCGUGUCCCGUGCCCUCGGCGUGCUGGCCUCCCUUGUCUGGGAUCGUGCCCUCGGCCUGCCCAUCGAGCGCCCCAAGUCGUUCUCCACCGAUCUGCUGGUCAAGAUGGUCCAGAAGUAAGCAGCUGGAGCAGGAGAAGCAGGAGGAGCAGGAGGAGCGGGAGGAGCUGGAGUUGAUCCUUUUAUAGCCAGAGGGAGAUGGACGCGGACGACGGAUGCAGAAGCUGUAGAUUGUAAUUGACGAGGGACGAGGAACGAGGGAGAGAUUCGAUUGGAUUGUACUGGAUCGGAUCGGGAUUUGGAUAUCGAUAUGACGACGCUGAUAUUGAGAGAGAGUUGGAUAUGUGUAGUUGAGGAGAACAGCAACCAAAUACGAACCAAUAGGAAAAACCAGAAGAAAACUGCAACACACUGCAACAACCGCAAAACAAUAAGUUGGAAAUAAGGCAGAAACUUAUUUUUAGUAGUAAAAUAAUUAACGAAGAGAAAACCAACAAGCAAACACUUAAUUAAUUGUAUAAGCUAUAUAUAUACAUACACGAUUGACUAUAUAUAUAGGGACGGACAGGCAGAGAGAGAGAAUGUUUGCGCCUAUUGUUUAUGUUCAGCAUUUCCCCACCCUCAAACGCCCAAACAAAAAAACCCAUCCUCCCAAUCUUCCAAUCUCCCACGAUUCCCCCACUAUAUAUUUAGUUUGUUAUGUUUUCAUCCUAGCCGAUCGACUAACCACGACCUUACUGCUUUAACAACCCCCAAAACGCCCGACCCACCAGCACCACCCCGCCUGAAAACCUAAAAAAAUUACUAACUUGAUAACAUUUUACUUUUAAUUUAACUAUAAUUUAUUAUGCAAACAAGAUACAAACGAGAGAAAUACAAUACAAAAACAAGUGUAAAGAAACCAACAAAAACAUUUAAAAAAAAAACUCAAUAAAAAAACAGAACAAUAAUAAUAUUAUGCAUAGAGAGUAGUUAUUGCCAACUCCACCAGUGGAAUCCGCAAAAGCGUUCGUUCAUUGCCGUGCAAGUGUAUUCGAGAAAGCAAACCCACAAUAAAUCUUAGCAAACUUGAAUCGAA